UAUUUAUGGCGGGAUGAUAAAAAACACACACACUCACACUCACACACACAGUUGAGAUCUUCGGACGGCAACAGCCAACAGAUUCAAAUUCAAUAUUGUUGACGAUUCACAGACGAUUUACAGGUAUGUCAUCAUAUGAUAAGCCAGAGAUAGUGGAACGAGGUGCUAAGGAGAAAGAACAUGAAGAAGGUGAGCAGAGUGGAUUUCUAGGGAAGGUGAAGGGUUUCAUCCAAGAUAUCGGUGAGAAGAUUGAAGAAACAAUUGGAUUUGGAAAGCCUACUGCAGAUGUUUCUGCAAUUCAUGUUCCAAAAAUUAAUCUUAAGCAGGCUGAUAUUAUCGUUGAUGUGCUUGUAACAAACCCAAACCCCGUUCCUAUCCCUCUUAUUGACAUAAACUACUUAAUCGAGAGCGAUGGAAGAAAACUAAUUUCUGGAUUGAUUCCUGAUGCUGGCACCAUCCAUGCACAUGGUUCAGAAACUGUCCAAAUACCACUUUGCUUAAUAUAUGAUGACAUCAGAAACACAUAUGAAGAUAUUCAGCCUGGAAGCAUCAUACCUUACAAGGUCAAAGUUGAUUUAAUUGUGGAUGUGCCUGUUUUCGGAAGGCUAACUUUUCCUCUUGAGAAAACCGGGGAGAUCCCGGUACCUUACAAGCCUGAUGUUGAUAUCGACAAAAUAAAGUUUGAGAAAUUCUCGUUUGAAGAAACUGUUGCAACUCUUCAUUUGAAGUUGGAAAACAAGAAUGACUUUGAUAUGGGGCUGAAUGCACUGGACUACGAGGUUUGGCUGUGUGACGUGAGCAUUGGAGGUGCAGAACUUGCUAAAACUCAGAAUAUUGCCAAAAAUGGUAUUACAUACCUUGAUCUUCCGAUCACCUUCAGGCCUAAGGACUGCGGUUCUGCUCUAUGGGACAUGAUCAGAGGAAAAGGCACAGGUUAUUCCAUGAAAGGGAACAUUGACGUGGAUACACCCUUUGGAGCGAUGAAGCUACCACUCGAGAAGGAAAGUGGUACGACCCGCCUUAAAAAGAACAAAGAAGACGGUGAGGACGAUGAUGAUGAUGAUGAGAAUUAGAGAAGUUAUGAGCAUGGAGGGAGUGUUGGUGUUAUGAAGGUUUGAAUUGUUUGUGUAUGAAUUAAUCAAGGUGUUGUUUUAUUGAAGAAUAUCUAGUAGCCUUUUGGCUCAGGUUUAUGGUUCAUGAUAUGGAUGUGUGCAACAUCAUAAGAGUUAUAUAUAGUUGGUAAUGUGGUGUUUGGUAAUUGGUAUUGUCAGAAUAAAAGUCUGCCAUCCGAAACCCUCGACCUCAUCAA